CACAGAGCAAAGUGCUAUUCUCCCAUUAUUCCAGCAUACUUUCCCAUUAAAAAACUAAAUGUUACAAAGUAUUUUGUCCUCAUCAUUCAUCUUUGUGGUUGUUUGGUUGAUGGUAUCAAAGCAAUUGAAGGAAAUGUUUUCUUGAACCUGAAGGUUCUUACUUAAUUUCAUUUUCUGCUUUCAGGACUGCCUUAUCUUGGUGAAAGCCAAGGAUCAAAGAUGGAGUCUGUUUACAUUAAACAGGAGAAGGUUCUGGAAUUGGUACCUGUCCGCAUUAAACAGGAGAUGCCUGAAGUGGAGCCUGUCCACAUUAAAGAAGAGACUGAACUGGAGCCUGUCCACAUUAAAGAAGAAGAGACUGAACUGGAGCCUGUCCGCAUUAAAGAAGAGACUGAACUGGAGCCUGUCCACAUUAAAGAAGAGACUGAACUGGAGCCUGUCCACAUUAAUGAAGAAGAGACUGAACUGGAGCCUGUCCACAUUGAAGAAGAAGAGACUGAACUGGAGCCUGUCCACAUUAAAGAGGAGACUGAACUGGAGCCUGUCCACAUUAAAGAAGAGACUGAACUGGAGCCUGUCCACAUUAAAGAAGAGACUGAACUGGAGCCUGUCCACAUUAAAGAAGAGACUGAACUGGAGCCUGUCCACAUGAAAGAAGAGACUGAACUGGAGCCUGUCCACAUGAAAGAAGAGACUGAACUGGAGCCUGUCCACAUUAAAGAAGAGACUGAACUGGAGCCUGUCCACAUUAAAGAAGAGACUGAACUGGAGCCUGUCCACAUGAAAGAAGAGACUGAACUGGAGCCUGUCCACAUGAAAGAAGAGACGGAACUGGAGCCUGUCCACAUUAAAGAAGAGACUGAACUGGAGCCUGUUCACAUUAAAGAAGAAGAGACUGAACUGGAGCCUGUCCACAUUAAAGAAGAGACUGAACUGGAGCCUGUCCACAUUAAAGAAGAGACUGAACUGGAGCCUGUUCACAUUAAAGAAGAAGAGACUGAACUGGAGCCUGUCCACAUGAAAGAAGAGACUGAACUGGAGCCUGUCCACAUUAAAGAAAAAGAGACUGAACUGGAGCCUGUCCACAUUAAAGAAGAGACUGAACUGGAGCCUGUCCACAUUAAAGAAGAGACUGAACUGGAGCCUGUCCUUAUUAAUGAGGAGGCUGGAGAGAAACGAUAUCAAUGUACUGACUGUGGGAAGAGUUUCAGUCGUUUAGGAAGCCUAAAAGCACACCAGCGAAUUCACACAGGAGAAAAGCUGCAUCACUGUGCUGACUGUGGGGAGAGUUUCAGUCGGUUUGGAAACCUAAAAAUACAUCGGCGAAUUCACACUGGAGAGAAGCCGUAUAAUUGCUCUGAUUGUGGGGAGAGUUUUAGUUGGUUAGGAAGCCUAAAAACACACCAGCAAAUUCAUACAGGAGAGAAACCACAUCACUGCUCUGAGUGUGGGAAGAGUUUCAGUUGGUUAGGAAGCCUAAAAACACACCAGCGAAUUCACACUGGAGAGAAGCUGUAUCAGUGCUCUGACUGUGGGGAGAGUUUCAGUUGGUUAGAAAGCCUAAAAACACACCAGCAAAUUCAUACAGGAGAGAAACCACAUCACUGUGCUGAGUGUGGGAAGAGUUUCACAGCAUUACAAGGUCUAAAAAGACACCAGCGAAUUCACACUGGAGAGAAGCCAUAUUACUGUUCUGACUGUGGAGAGAGAUUCAGCCGGUCAGGAACACUAAAAAUACACCAGCGAAUUCACACUGGAGAGAAGCCAUAUCGCUGUUCUGGCUGUGGGGAGAGUUUCAGUGCGUUAGGAACACUAAAAUCCCACCAGCAAAUUCACACUGGAGAGAAGCCGUAUCACUGUUCUGACUGUGGGGAGAGUUUCAGUCGGUUAGGAAGCCUAAAAACACACCAGCGAAUUCAUACAGGAGAGAAACCAUAUCACUGUUCUGAAUGUGGGAAGAGUUUCAGACAGUCAGGAUACCUAAAAACACACCAGCGAAUUCACACUGGAGAAAAGCCGUAUCACUGUUCUGACUGUGAGAAGAGCUUCCGUCAGUUAGGACACCUAAAAACACACCAGCGACUUCAUGCAGGAGAAAAUUCAUAUAACUGUACUGAGUGUGGGGAGAGUUUCAGUCAGUUAGGAACACUAAAAACACACCAGCAAAUUCACACUGGAGAGAAGCCAUAUCACUGAUCUGACUGUGGGGAGAGUUUCAGUCAGUUAGGAAGCUUACAAAAACACCAGCUAAUUCACACUGGAGAGAAGCUGCAUCACUGUACGGAGUGUGGGAAGAGUUUUAGAUGGUUACAAAGUCUUAGCCGGCACCAGAGAACUCGCACAUUAGAAUAGCCAUUCAACUGUACAAAAUGUGGCAAGACAUUUGCUUACUCCAGGGAAGUGAAUUAGCAUAAAUGCAAGUGUCACAGGGAGCCCUGUAACUGGUUUGUGGAGUGUGUGUGUGUGUGUGUGUGUGUGUGCGCGCUUCGGAGAAAUCCACUGCGAUGCGCAGCAUGAGACGCAUUGCUAAGCAACCAGCUGAACGGUAGGCUCGCCCGGACCUGUGCGGAUCGGGAGGUCCGGUUUGGCCCGGGGGUGCUGCACAGAGCUCAAAAAGCGGCUGCGCCACAGCUUGGAAACAUGCCAUUGACACAUGGAGUAGUGUUAAAGUGGUACAUCAUGGUACGCGUAACAAAACGUGACCCAUGAAAGGUCAGAACGUGGUGUGCUGUCAUGUUGCAAGUGGUACAUAGUCAGAUUUUGGUAUAGGUGCAAUCAAUUGAGAUCUGAUGGGUGUGUUGUCAAAAUGAGGUACAUUUACCAUUCAUUUUACUGUUUUUUGCAAACAAACUGGAAACUCAGUUUCUCUAAAAAGAAAAAAACAAUUCGAGAAGUCCACCACAAAGUUGCACGAGUAAAAAAAAAAUUAUAAGACCCAAUGUAUUGCAUAUGAUAAAUAAUAUUCACAUACCUUUAUGAUGGUGCAAAAAUACAAUAAAUUACAUAAACACAAUGUAAGACUGGAAAAUAUGAUACAUUCUAUUUAAAAAUGUAAAAACGAAAACAGCAUAACGUACCAGAUUUUAAUGGGUGCUUCCCUACUUAGCAGAAGUUGUUUAGGCAUGCGUAAGCAAGCGCAGUGCGCUGAGUACCACUUUAACAUGUACCUGAAAACAACGCGACACCGGUAAGAAAUUAGUUACUUUCACCACUGACUAUAGCAUUUACUUUGACUUCAAUUCAGGUAAAAUGUGCAAAUCUGAUUUAGACAUUGCCGGAACUGUAUAUAUGCUGUGUUAUUAAUUAGAACAUUUAGUAUUAUUUGUUUUGCAAAACAGAAGUGUUGUGUUUCACUUUUAUUGCAUUUGGACUUUUAGUAAGUCUGUAAUGCAAUGAUGCAUGUGUUUCAGGUCAUAUAAUUUCAUAUAAUGUAUUUUUAACUUUUCUCUUUUAC